AUGGAAAUGCUCCGCCGAAUUCAAUUGACACCUUCAUUCGCGCGAGCUCGCAGAUGCACGCCGGCUAGCCUCCGCUCACCCAUACUUUGCUUUUCGGCCACUGGUCUCCCAAGACUAGCAUCGACACUUCAUACGCACAAGAAACUUGACCUUCCGGCUCUCGAUCGGAAAUGGCAAGCAAAAUGGCAAGCGCUCGAGGCGCGACCGCGAUCGGUGCUGAAAAACCAGGCCGAGACCGACUCGAAGCCAAAAUCAUACAUCCUGUCGAUGUUCCCUUAUCCGUCGGGAACCCUGCACAUGGGACAUCUCAGAGUGUAUACGAUCUCUGAUGUGAUCUCACGGUAUCACAGAAUGUGUGGCCGGGAUGUGUUACAUCCUAUGGGAUGGGACGCGUUUGGCCUACCCGCUGAGAAUGCAGCUAUUGAGCGCGGCGUUGAUCCUGCGGUCUGGACGGAGCAGAAUAUUGCACGGAUGAAGGAGCAAUUGAAGUGUAUCUCAGCUCAUUUUGAUUGGGACAGGCACACACAGCGACUAUUUCUCAUGCUUCACGAGAAAGGACUAGCUUAUCAGGCGGAAGCGUUGGUGAAUUACGAUCCCAUUGACAAGACAGUGCUUGCGAACGAACAAGUGGAUGCGAAUGGGUUUUCGUGGCGAUCUGGCGCCAAAGUUGAGAAGCUGAAACUCAAACAAUGGUUCUUCCGCAUCACGCGAUUCAAGGAAGAUCUGCUUAAGGACCUCGAUUCGCUCGCUGGGGGCUGGCCCGAGCGAGUGUUGUCCAUGCAACGGAACUGGUUGGGAAAAUCAUACGGCGCAAACGUCACAUUUCCAGUCACCACCGGCCCUGAUGGACAGGAGGUCCGUGUAGAAGUAUUCACCACACGUCCAGAUACUCUGCACGGUGUGGAGUAUCUUGCUCUGGCGCUGGACCAUCCCAUUGUUGUCAAGGCAGCUGAGACCGACUCGGCGCUUCGGAAAUUCUUGGAUGAAGCCGCAUCGUUGCCAGCUGAUUCAAAGGCCGGCUAUCGCUUGAAAGAUGUGACUGCAUCUCAUCCACUACGGCUGAUCGAUGGUGAAAGCUCUCACCUUCAGAGAAGAUUGCCCAUCUUCGCCGCACCGUAUGUCCUGAGCGACUACGGAGAAGGUGCCGUUAUGGCCGUGCCGGGUCAUGACGCCCGAGAUCUGGCUUUCUGCAAGGAAAACAUGAAUCCAGAAACCAUUCCAAUCGUGAUCGAGCCGGAGUCUUCACUUAGCGGUGCAAAUGACAGCACAAUACCUGCCAAGGACGCUAAAGCUUUCACUCAGGAUGGUCUGCUAACCUCUCGAAGUGGGAAGUACCAAGGCCUGCAUUCCCGAGAAGCCGCAAAGCAAAUUGUGGCGGACUUGAUAAAAGUUGGCCAUGCUCGAUUUGUUGAAAAGUGGCGCCUUCGAGACUGGCUCAUCAGCCGGCAAAGGUAUUGGGGAGCCCCGAUUCCCAUCAUUCACUGCGGCAAAUGUGGCCCAGUCCCGGUCCCGACUAAGGAUCUCCCUGUGAAAUUGCCCACGAUCGAAGGAGAAUGGUUGAAAGGGAAGAAAGGUAACCCUCUUGAGUCAUCCGAGGACUGGCUGCACACCGAGUGUCCCAGCUGCGGUGGUCCUGGCAAGCGUGAUACGGAUACCAUGGAUACCUUUGUUGACUCGUCCUGGUACUUUUUGCGUUUUCUGGAUCCCGCAAACAAGGAGGCACCCUUUUCACCCUCCCUUGCACGACCGGUAGACGUGUACAUCGGCGGCGUUGAGCAUGCAAUUCUGCAUCUCCUGUACGCUCGAUUUAUCUACAAGUUCCUUGCUCAGUCCGAGCUGUUCCCCCAAGGCCUUGACACCGGUAAUGGCCCCGCUGAGCCUUUCAAGACACUCUUGUCCCAGGGUAUGGUUCAUGGUAAGACUUUUACAGAGCCCUCAACUGGCCGAUUCUUGCUACCAUCUGAAGUCGACCUGACAAGCCCUGACCAACCCUUGAUCAAGGGAACUCAGAUGACGCCCAACGUGUCUUUUGAGAAGAUGUCCAAGAGCAAAUACAAUGGCGUGGACCCCACUGUCUGUGCUGCAAAGUAUGGUGCUGAUGCAACCCGUGCUCACAUUCUGUUUUCUGCCCCUGUCAGCGAAGUUCUCGAGUGGGACGAAACCAAGAUUGUCGGGGUUGAGCGUUGGUUUGGUCGACUGUGGAAGUUGGUUCUCGAUACUCAGCAGUCCUUGACCCGCGCAUCAUUAUCCAUUCCUGUGGACGACAUGGAGAGAUCCGAUGGACACAUCGUAGACUUGCCAACCUCUCUGCAGGAACUGAGUGACUCUGAUGCGGAUGCAAUUCUAGCAUCGCAUAAAAUUGUGUCAUCUGUGACUUCGUGCAUCGAGUCAGACCCUUACGGGUUGAACACGGUCAUUUCCGACUUGAUCAAAUUGACCAAUGCUCUUUCAUCUACUCCACCAUCCAGCCCCCUCGUGCUCUAUCUAUCCGUCUCAUCUCUUCUCCGCCUUCUCGCCCCCGUCGCACCAGCCUUUGCAUCAGAGGCUUGGGAGAUCCUCCACGAGAAGGUUGUAAAAUCCAGUGGCCUUGAGGUUUCAGUACCCUCAGUUCACUCCAGCCCCUGGCCCACUCCCCUCCUCACCCAAGAGCAAGCAGAGAUUCUCUCUACACGUGGUGGCCAAACAGUUGCAGUUCAAAUCAAUGGAAAGCUACGCUGUGCAGUCACCAUUCCACGAAUGGAGCAAUCCAGUUCUGCACCCGCUGGUGGCAAGGGUCCAUCGAAGGAAGAACAAGACUGGAUUAUCGGUCGAGUCUUGGAAACAGCGGAGGGUAAGCUAUGGUUGCAAGAGAAGAAUGAUUGGGAGAAGAGGAAGCGGGUCAUCGUUGUUAAGGGAGGGAAGUUGAUGAAUGUUGUCUAUUAA